AUGAACUCCAACACAGCAGAGGUCGGAUAUUCUUUCAUCGGCUGUUUCGGGAUCUACCCCAGUGCCUGGGACGCGGACUGCUGUCUAGGCUCGCAGUCCAGGCUCGCUCUCCAAGGCACGAGUUGGACGGCGCCCUGCAAGCCUGCGGCGAGCGAGCCCGGGGCGUGCCAGCUGGAGGCCGAGCCGGGACAGCCCCCUUCUCAGCUCUCCCGCGCGAACCCCGGCCGGACCGCUCCACUCCGAGCCUUCGCUGCAGGGGGGAACCCGGCGCGCUCGCCCCGGGCCGCUCUUCCCGCCGCGCACCACAGUAGCCUGCUCUCGAGCCGCUUGGGUUGCGAAGUACACGGGUCGCAAAGGUGGGUCAGAGGCCCGCGGCUCCAGGCCGGGCGAGGCGGCGGCGGGCAGGCGGUGCGGCGCGCUCCCCCCGUCCGGGGCGCACAGUGCGCCCCUCCCCUGGCCCGCCUGAGCUGCGGGCGGAGCGCGCUGGCCGCACGGCUCCAGGCCGUUCUCCCUGCGCCAAGCUCGUGGUCAGCCAGGCCCCCGCGGCCACGUGCUAGGAGGAAGCUGGAGCCCGGUUAG